CGUAGAGUGGUUCGAGAACGGGACGAGGGAAGACUGCUAAAGGAAGUGGGGACAUGAUAACAAUAAUGCAUCUAUCACGACGCUUUUUGGACAUCGAUAAUAACAACGAGCUGGUCGGAGCUUGGCACUAAAGUAUCGUUACGCACGACGGACAAUACAUUAUUUGUUUUCGGUGUGCGGUUCUCUUUAAAAAGUAGACUCAUAAGCAGGAUCGUACAGUUCUUCCUGUUGGGAACUCGGUGGAUAUAAAGUUCUUAUUGAAUAUACAGAUUUGUACAAUUGAGACAUUGUAUAUCACCAUCGGGCGAGACAGCAAAUAUGGAUACAGUUGGGCAAACGGAUGUGAGAAUAGUUGACAGAACGCAAAGAAGUUUCGGCCAGACACCGUUGUUCGUGAUGUGGGUUUAGGGCGAGUUGGUCAGCUUUGAAAUUUGCGGUAAAGCACGGGGUUCGCAGGACUGAAUGCUUAUUUCCUGCUAUUCUUCUCUUCUUUUCAGCGCUUCCUGCUUAUGAUAGCCACGGCACUUAAUGGCUAAAAAUACAGAAAACUCUAAAUGGACAACUAAAUGAAGUUGAGCUCCUUCUUUGAGGUUAUUAUUGUCCAAUGGUCUGGAUAUUUUACAACCACCUGAUGCUAAUUUUAGUGACUGAUCCAUCCAGUUCUCUGCACAGUCUUGGUUUUGCUAUAAUGGAAUAAGUUCCCCUUUAUUUCAAAUCUCAAUCUCAGCACAUAAUCAUUGGUUAAUAUGUGAGUAUGUGUGAUAUAAUAAUUGAGUAAUUAAGUGAGCUAUGUGCUCAAACCACGCAUUGAGACACCACAUCAGUCAAGUAGAAACUUGCUUUAUGGAGACAAUUCUGCCAUUUUACAAAUUGGAACAAUUGGCAGAACUGGUCACAUCCAUGGCCUUUGUUUGAUCAUUACCAGCUCCAAUGGAAACAAGCAGUCCAUGACGAGUCGCAUGAGAGGCACUUUUUAUCCUGUUAUCUUUGAACACUGUUGUGUUCCUGUUGGCCAGGCCUUUGAACACAUUUCACUGGUCCCUGAUGAACCAACUAGACACAGAGGAAAGGGAGAGAGGCGCAAUAAAGUACUUUAUUUUAAAAAUCGUACAGAAUCAAACCUAGUGUCUGAACAUCUGCUCCUUGUGGCUCCAUGGAGCCACUGAAGACCAUUUUUAGCCGCGGCCCACUGUUGAACUGGAAAGGUUUGGAUCAAUCGCAAAAAGGAAACUUCACCAAUCCUGUGUGGACAGCUUUAUUCGACUAUGAGGCGUCCGGUAAAGACGAGCUCACCCUCCACAAAGGUGACCUGGUGGAAGUUCUGUCACUGGACUCCGAGAUAUCCGGUGACGAGGGCUGGUGGGCGGGCAAGGUCAACAACAAAGUGGGUAUCUUUCCCUCAAACUACGUGUCCUUCAAGCCUCCUUCAUAUGGGAAACUGCAGGGCAGUGGAGUCGGGGAGCUUGGGCCAGCCGUGGUGGGGGUGGGGGAGUUCGAACCCGAGGCUGUGGAUUUCAGGGAACUGAGCCUCGAGGAGGUCAUUGGGGUCGGAGGCUUCGGCAAGGUGUAUCGCGGUACAUGGAGAGGUGGACUGGUGGCCGUGAAGGCGGCCCGCCAGGACCCGGAUGAGGACAUCAGUGUGACGGCCCAGAACGUGCGCCAGGAGGCUCGGCUGUUUGCCAUGCUCACUCACCCCAACAUCAUCGCUCUCAAAGGGGUUUGCUUACGGGAACCCAAUUUGUGCCUCAUCAUGGAGUACGCAUCCGGUGGCGCACUGAGCCGAGCAUUGGCCGGACGCCGCAUCCCGCCGCACGUCCUGGUCAACUGGGCGGUGCAGAUCGCCAGGGGCAUGCUCUACCUGCACACGGAGGCCAUUGUUCCUGUCAUCCACCGUGACCUUAAGUCUAACAACAUCCUCCUGGCCCAGCCGAUGGAGAAUGAUUGUAUGGAAGGGAUAACCUUGAAGAUCACAGACUUUGGCCUGGCACGGGAGUGGCACAAUACCACCAAGAUGAGCACGGCGGGCACCUAUGCCUGGAUGGCACCGGAGGUCAUCAAGUCCUCCACCUUCUCCAAGGGCAGCGACGUCUGGAGCUAUGGUGUUCUUCUGUGGGAGUUGCUGACAGGAGAGGUUCCCUACAGGGGCAUAGAUGGUUUGGCUGUGGCCUACGGAGUGGCUGUCAACAAACUCACCCUCCCCAUCCCCUCCACCUGCCCAGAACCCUUCGCCAUGCUCAUGGCAGAGUGCUGGGAUCAGGACCCACACCACAGGCCCAACUUUGCCUCCAUCUUGGUUCAGCUGACGGCUCUGGAGAGGCAGGUGGUGGAGGAGAUGCCUCAGGACUCCUUUCAUUCCCUACAGGAGGACUGGAAACUGGAGAUCCAGGACAUGUUUGAUGAGCUCAGGGCCAAGGAGAAGGAGCUGCGUUGCCGCGAGGAGGAGCUGAAGCGUGCGGCGGUGGAGCAGAAGUCCCACGAGGAGUUCCUGAGGCAGAGGGAGCAGCAGCUGGCCCAGUGGGAACAGGACGUGUUUGAGAGGGAGCUCAGUCUGCUCAUCCUGCACAUGAACAACCAGGAGAAGCCCAACGUCAAGAAGAGGAAGGGAACGUUCAAGAAGCACAAGCUCAAGGGCAGCAAGAACGGAGAGAAGAUCAGCAUGCCCCAAGACUUCAUCCACAAGAUCACAGUGCAGGCGUCUCCGGGGCUGGAGAAGAGACGCAAUUCUCCUGAUCUGGGCUCCGGCAACUCUCCCUCCUUAGGCCCACGCUUCCGAGCAAUCCAACUGAGCCCCAGUGAGAACAACAGGGCAUUUGGUCUGAGCUCUAUGUGGCCCUUGGAGGCCCCUCCACACAACAAGCAGGCUAACGGGGACCGGCUGGGCCCUCACUGGAGGCCCCAGAGCCCAAAGAGCCCCAAGAGCCCCAAAGUCCUGCGCUUAAGCCCUCAGGAGAGCAGUCUUUCAAUGAGAGCCAAGCUCCUGGAAAUGGACAGCAAUGAGAACGUAGACUCCAAGGAUGACUUUGAGGAGUACAGACCCUCCACGCCACAGCCUGCCCAAAACGGCUCCUCAGUGAAGGAGCCCCCCAGGCCUUCUCUACCUCAUGGGGACUCGGGCAGCGAGGAGGGGCUGGAGGGGGGUUCCCCGGCCGGUUCCCCCAGGCCCGAGCACCGUUCCCUGGGAGGCCUUCUGAGGAGCACCCACCGGGCCCUACUGGGAGGAGGCUCUCUCCUAGCCUCAGUGGCCCUGGGACGACACCUGGACGUGCCCCACAUCCCCCCCAGGGUGCCCCCCCGGACUAACCCCCAGCCUCUGGACCACCACCACCCCCCGCAGGAGGUCAACAUCACGGCCCCCAAAGUCCUCUCCUCCUCGGACCCCCCUGUGGUGGAUGAUCUUAUAACCUUCUCCAGCUCGGAGCCCCUACACCGGCCCCUCUUUGACUUUCCCUGCGCCCUGCACGCCCCUGAGGUGAAACCCCUGCCCCUCACGCCGCCUCCCCCUCACCCCCGGGAAAGGGCCUGCCACAGGCACGCCCAGGCCCCCCGGAGCCCCCAUCACCAGACCCAGGGACAGGCCAGCCCAGGGGAGUGGAUCUGCCACAGGCAUGCCCAGAGUCCCCACACCCCCCAGAGUCCCCAGCAGCAGAUCCAGGUCCAGGGCCAAGCUAGCCCAGCGGAGUGGGCCCCUUCCCCCCACCACACCAACGGGGUGCCUGGUUGUGACGCCUGGGGCUAUGGGGCGGACAGGAGGAGGAGGUCCAGCCAAAGCCUGCUCUCCGCCUCUCAGCUAGACCUCCCCCUUUGCCAGGACAGUCUGGAGUCAGAAGACGACAAGCCCUCUGCGGCCCCCUUCUCCCUGUUCCCUGACCCUCGCCUCUGGAGCCCUAAAACACGGCGCCUGGAGGUCAACGUCAUCCCGCGCCCGCGCCCCUCCCCCAUCCGACCACGCAUUGACCCAUGGAGCUUCAUCUCAGCCGGGGGCGGUGGCGGGGGGUAUGGUAGUGCCCACGGGCCACGGCGGUCAGACAGCCACCUGCUGGGGUACCAGCCUUCGCCCACUAACCCCUUCACGAACUGUGACCCCUUCCCCUCCCCGGACUGUGACCCGUUCUCCCUGAGGGCCUACCCAUCGUCAGGCACCACGCCCGACACACCAUUGCCCUUUGACCCCUUCUCUGCACCGUUUCCCACCUCCCGCUCAGCGCCCUGCUCCACCAACGGGUCCCCGACCCUGCCCACGUUCCGGGUAGCACCCCUGAACCCGGCCGACUCACCGCUCAUCGACCUGGGCUGGGCUGCUGCAUGCGGGGUCGGGGUCAAGCCCCUGGAUGUCACCAAAGAGAAGAUGCGACCCAGGAAGACUCUAGGACUCAAGCCCUUCAAGUCCCCCACGCAACUCAGAGACGAUCGCUUCUAAACUAAACCCCCAAACCCUACUCUGACCUCCCAGAGAGCCGGAACUUGCCUUCCUCAUAAGAGUUUUUACCCCCCCCUCCCCACAAGGAUUUUGAGUCCUUUUCAAAACAAAAAUGCACAUGACCCCUAUCUCCGCCCACCUUUAGGGGAAUUGGCCUGUGUGGGAACUGGGGUGCCCAAACAGUGGAGUGGUUUCCACUCCAUGUUGCCUUAGAAACCAACCAGGAAGCUAAUCUGGCUAGCCAUCUAGCCCAGUGACAAUGGAUUGUGGGAAUGGGAGCCCUGUGCACAAGAACCAACGUCUGAUGCCCAUUUUAUUCCAAACAAAGGAUUCCUCUCUCUUCGCUCUCGCUCCCUCUCUCUCGUUCUCUCUGGAGAGUCAGAUCAGUGAGCAUCUCCAGACUCAAUCAGACGCCUCCCUAUCUCCCCCACUAUUUUCUCUCACUACUUUUGAAGUGUCUGGAAACAACAGUGGCUCACCCUCUAUAAGCAGAGUUGUCUCUCAAGCAUUUGACUCUCUUUGCAAUAGACUGUGGUGGGUCAACGUGAGAGAGAACUCCAAGUAUAGCUACAGAGGAGCCAUAUCAUCCAUCGAAAUUCUCUGGAUAUUAAAGCCAAACAAACCCAGGACCCAGGCAUUCCACUAGGAAGCAGAUAACAUUCCAAUAACAUUCUGACGACAUUCACAGAAUGCGAUUGAUUUAUUUGGCAGGUCGGCAGGCGACAAAGCAUCAGAAGACGAGGGGCACAUUCCGUUCAUGUGCCAAAGAAUGCGACUGCUUCUGCCCACAUUUUUAUACAUGUCCUUCCCUACAGUACAGCAUAGUGGUAUGACCCAUAACCCUAGCCCCUCACACAUCUUUCCAGUAUUAUGUACCAGGAUGUCUGGUAAAUUUGAUUGGAUGGAAUCCAGGAAGUGACUAAUUGGCAUGUUAGGAGGUACGCUACAGUAUAAUUGGGUUGAGAUAACCCCCCCUCACAAAAGCCAUGUCAUUGGAAUACAUUGGCUGUUCCAUUCUAGGGGAAGAGAAUCGACCCACGUGGCAAGCUUUGUGAUUAGUCUUAAUAACUGUGCUGACGAACCGGGUGAUAAUAUUAAUUAGGGUUGCGAUAAAGACAGGGUUAAUUGAAUGAAAAUGGAGAUAUGCCUAAUUAAUUAAAUUUCCUCCAACAUAAAGUUUGUAUUUAAUGAGUCAGGAUCUUAAAAGGGAUUUAAGUGGCACUGUGCGUUUUAGUGGAUUCCAUGGCAGGAGGCCCCUUUAAUGUGAUGUCAGAUAAUACAAAAGCAGGAGUUUUUCCUGAUCAUGUGACCUGACCAGGGGCCCAGAGUUCUUACUUCCUGGUCAGGUCACAUGGUCAAGAACAACUCCUGGCCUUACCUAUCAUUCACAUCCCACUUGUUCUCAGGUCAGGCUAACCGCUCUUCUCUUGAGCCAAAGAGGUCUGUUUUUGGCUCGCGCCAUUGGCUAACAGACUACUAAUUGGACUGCGUCUCAACCUAUAAGGUGCCUCCCCUCUCUACCUCUCCCCCUAUGUGACAUGCACAUAGCUUAGAGACCUAUCAUGUUUAAUCCAGAUCGUCAUUCUUAUUGAGAUUUGUUUGAGAGGCAGAUCUGGUUUAAGACUACAGUAUGUCAUCCCACUUGUCUUCCUCAUCAUUCCAUAUCAGGUAAAAAACAGAAUGUGAGCAUUUACUCCAGUAGCAGUAACAUGCACUAUGGGAUUUCAAUUGAGGUUAACAGAUACCGGCAUUGAGGUAAACCGAUACUGAGUCUAUAAAGACAGUCCAUUGCAACUCUCAAUAGUGAUGUAGUCAUCAUCAAAGGACAAGGAAAUGGGCAAGAAUAUUACAUAUUUUGGAUUAUAAGAGCAUCUUCAAAAAAUAAUUGUAUUCGCAUUCAUCAUAGUAUUACAUAUUGGUAUUUCAAAACGUUCCUUUACAGGUUUGUUUGUAUAUUUGUAAACCUGUGACACUUUGAUUAAGGCUUUAAAACACAAAAUACACCUUUAUUUCCCUGACUUAAGGGUCCUGCUCAACACCCCAUGUGUACGUGCAUGUGCAUCAAAAAAGUAGUGCACUACUGUUGACCAUGUCCCAUAGGGCUUUGGACAAAAGUAGUGCACUAUAUAGAGAAUACGGUUCCAUUUCGGGAUGGAGAAACUGUCAGUAAACAGAAAAUUAAUAUAGAGCUCCUCGGCUCUGGCCCCGUGGCUUUUCCCUCUCCCAUCGCAGUCGUCUAAAGCAGUGACAGGUGUGUUAUUGCUUACAAUACUAAUCCACACAAGACCUGUGCGCUUUAGCCUCGACAAACAAGUCAACAGGUGCUACAUCCUCCCAUCGCCAUUAUGGGGAUUCGUGUCGCAGUUACAGACAACCCCUGUAAUUCCUAUAGCGACAUGAUGAAACAGACUGAUGGUUGCAAUCGUAGCAAGAGUUUUUGGUAUUGCUGCCUGUCUGUCACAUCAAGUGUCAGUCAGUUUGUCUAGGCCCUGGACCUCAUAUCCGACUCAGUUCUUGAAGGUCUUAUCUUUAGACUUUGAUUUCCCUUAGAUCACACGCUGUCAGUCAGUCGGAUGCGUCAAAGUCCUCAAAGGCUAUAGUGUAGUACAACGAUAAUUCAAAGUGUUCUCAAUUUAUGGCCAUCUUAACUGUUGUGAGAUUGUAUGUUUGCCCUAUUAAGGGCAGAGUCACUAUCCACUUAUGUGAUGAUCUUGUGUAGAUCAUAUCAGUUUGACUAUAUUUUAUCAUCUUAGGUCAAGAGUCCGAGAGAUCCGUUUGAGGAGUGUGUUUUGAUCUUGGCAAGCCAUCAGACAAACAGAUACAGUUGAAUCAACCCUUAAUUUUGGAUUCCAUACUACACUGAUCCUGUAGUGAGAUUGAAAAUGGGCAAUUUUCUUGAAGUAACUAGCUGUUAGGAGCUGAACUGACGGUCAUAGAUGAUGACCUUGGGAAUGACCUUUCAGUUGUACAAAAACGUCAUAUUCACUCAUCUAUGGAUAGAAUCAAAUAAACCUCAGGUCCUUGGCCUGUUCUCCUCUUUGUUUCGCUUCAUGGUCUUCUAACCCUGGUCAGGAAGUUUUUGGACAGGAAACUAGAUUCCUCGAACUCUCCUAGAACGCUGUCGGGUCGCGCCGCUGCCCAUCCCUAGAUUGAUGCGGAUGACAUGCGGCGUUCCAAUAAAAAAACUCCUGACGAGUUGUUUGUGACGCAAUGCCCUUUCAGGCACUGCCUCAUCCGUCAUCGGGGAUCAGUGUCCCCAUCCGUGCUGACAGGCCAAAUGAAACAGAACUUUGCAGAGGAGGAGAGGAAGGUAUGCCAAUAGACCAUGUUAUGACUACUUUACUACAAGUACCGGCUUCAUUCAGGCUUACUUUGUCCAUUCAUGUCAAGCUUUGAAGGGUAUCAGUUAUUAACAUAUCCAAAUUACUGAAACUCUUACUUUCAUUUAGCAAAUCGCAUUGGGUCUACAACAUCAAUUGCUUCCUGCCUCGGCCAAGGCCUGCUCUCCGUCGGACGCAGCUCAUUUACCCAGCAUCCUCGCUGCUUACCUGGACUGAAUGAAUCAGAUGUUCAUUCAAAUAAACCUGAUUACAGGAUUCCAUUGCCAUCCUUUUGUACCCAGCUAUUAUCACCAGAGGGGAGAUGAUUUCUCUUCGUGGACCGUAUUAAAUGGCAACACCUGCCCUGUCCCUUUGUUCUGAAUGACGUCAUCAAACAAAAUGAUUAAAGAUUACCUUUACGAACUGUGGGGAGAAAAUGGCUUCUAGGGAGCCAACUACAUGUCUGUGUGAGUCUAGGCCAAUACCAGGUGUAGCCUAGUUCUGAAGCUAGCUCUUAAGUAUAAACAUAAUUUCACAUCUGUUUCAUUCUGAACAGUCAAGGUCACCAAAUGAUAACACUUAACGGGAUAGUUCACCCAUAUUACAAAACGACACAUUGCUUACAGGAUAAGGAAACCAGUCUAUGGACAAGGUAUGACAGCAAUCCAUACUUUGCUUUUAUUUCCCUUGUACAGUUUCCAAAUGCUAACAUUUUAGCAUUUGUGGCACAAAUCCCAUUCAAGUCCUGGUACCAGUAUUAGCAUUUUUCGCACAUCUUGUCUACACCAGCGCUACAGUGGCUACCCAGAAUUCAGUUCAGUUCAUAGAAGUGUGAGGAAAUGAUGCAUGGACCAAUCUGUGCGCUUAUUUAGUUCCAAGGUCUAAACGCGUCUUCUCCGUAGCCAAACUGACUUUAUUAUUGUCCUGUCUGAAUAUGUGUGACUACUCACUGAGAAAGAAAGUAGUUAUGAGCAGUUGACAAAGAUGUGGAAAAGCAGACUGUAAUUGUUUCAUCUAAAGUACUACUUUAUUUUGAAUCAACCCUGUGCCAAAGAGACUUUCCCUGCACACAAAGCAUAUGGAACACAAAGAAUUAGAAUAUCUCUGUUAUGGAACUGUCAAGAAUUUAAGACGUUGAUAGAAAGAGAAGAUUAUCUAGUCAACACUAAUUAGACUGAAUCAGAUCAAUUAAGUAUCUGAUUACUCUUUUCCUUGCCCUGUGCUUAAUUUGAAUAGACCUCAUUACAUGCUAACAAGGUUAAACGUUGCUAUCAGAACCACUAGGCAAAAAAACAACAGUUGCUAUUCAAGGUAUUUGGGGGUAUUUGUAGUGGGUGGUCUAUUUCAGGUGCUGCUUCAAUAAAGUUUGAAUUGAAUUAAAAUUCAUCAAACAACAAGUAGCCUAUAAAAGAGGAUGGUGCAAUUCCCUGGGACUUUGUGGUAGAAUAUGUGGGACUCCCACUCAGAGAAUCACAGUACUGUAUAGCACUCCUUCCUGCUGUGACCGGCUCCCAUCAGCUUACUAUAGAGUUUUAUAAUGGCCCUUUUUUACACACUGGACUGAAAACAUUUUGAAGAGGGCCAGAGACAGAGUCUACAUUAGGAUGCUUGAUUGCUUCAUAUUUUUGGCCGACAUUGUUUUUAAUUGUAUUUUGUAUUUCACUUUAGGUCUUCACUGGAGUAUUUAAGAUAAAAACAGUAUGGGUGCUUCACCAGGGGCGAAUCUUAAAACAUUCCUGCUUCCAAAUUUAACCAAAAUGGUUUUGUAUCACAAAUAUCUCUCUAGACAUCCCAGUAUUUCUUUGUAACAGAAAAUCGAAGACUACUUUUAUAGUAUAGUUUGAUCAUCAUAAAUAUGUUUGACAGAUGUCCUCCUGACAUUGAACAAGAUCCCAAACUGAGAUCCCUUCGAUAGCACCCAUACUGUGCAUAAAACUGCUAUCUACCUAGACAUAGAUGAGGUCUUCAGUUUCACUGAAACAUGUCUUGACAACAGUGGACAUUUUGUGACCUCCUCCCUGUCUUUGUGGAGUAUCUAUUUGCUUUGUGUUUGUUCAACAUUCCUUUCCGAAUCUAUUUUUUUGUUUCAAAAGCAUAGGCUGUCAGUGUUUCCCAACCCUGGAUUUGGGCUAUGUGAUGAAUAUUAUGUUGCAUUGCCUCAAAGCCUGCAAUACAACUUCCAGAUUUGGUUUCUGCUCGUAUGAGCUAAGUUGUUGUUGUUGGGCUUUGAGAUGAUGUUGUCGUUCAUUGCGUUGUGUUGUGUGUUUGUGAAAUCUCGCACUGGGCUGGGCCUAAUCAAAAACUAUUUUGUUGUUGUGCGUCAGAGGCGUGUUUGUGUGUAUAUGUGAGAAUGUGUGUGCUUGUUUAUUUUGUUCUUGACUAUUUUAAUUGGGUUUAACCUGUGAAAAACAAAGGAAAAACUCAAAGAAAACGAGACCAAAUAAAAUGUAACACAACCCUGA